CUUUGGGUGUGAUUGAAACUCCACCUGGCAGCUGUAGAAUUUUGGGAAAAAAAUAAAAUGAGAAUGGAAACUGGAAAUUACUGAAGGAGUGGAAAGGGCAUAUUUGAAUAAAAGGAGAUUAUGCUCGUCUAAGAUAUAAAAAAACUCAAUUUAUAUUUUUUAAAAUAUAAUCAAACAGGAAUCUGUUCUAUUUUAUUCGUUCUAAUUCCCAAAUAAAUAGAAAAUAUCAAAACUAUUAUACAAAAUUUGCUUAAAACAAAAGGAAAUCCAUCAAUAUAACUGGAAUUUUUGUGAGCACAAUAAAAAAAGCGAAGAAAAACUUACCAGCGAGUAUAAAGAAUAAAAUCCCUACAAAUUUAUUUGAUUUAAAGUGUAUUGAAUUUCUCGAAUGAAGUGGGAGUUCGAUAAGAAAUGAAAUUUUUCAAAAACUCGACAGUUAGAAUAAAUAAAUCAGAAGUGACUACAGUGUCACAAUACGUGAACAAAGGAAUGAAUUAAUGACUUAACCUCGUACCUAUAAAUCUUCACAACUCUGUAUACUGGACAUCUGCGUUUGUUCGAUACAAUUAUAUCAACGAAGCUACAUUACUAAUGUCUUUAUGAGGCUAAAAUAACUAGGGUAAUAUUAUCUGUGAAAUACGGUGUAAACAACUGUAUUUGAUAUUUCGUAAUUUACUUUGUAACCUACUCAGUAAAUUAAACUUGAACAUCAUUGGAUCUAAUUUUAUAAAGGUUUGUAAUGUUGCCUAUCUUACUGCAAUAAAACAACGCAUAUUGACAUAAUUCAUAACCUAUUGACAUUGACAUUCGACAGGAGUCUGAAUUACAAAGCAAUUUUAUUACAAAGAGAAAGUUUUGUUUGUCAUGAUUAUUGGAAAACUUUGGAACAUUCGAGAUUAUUAUACUCAAUAUAUAUAACUAAGAUUUAUUUAAUUGUACUUUAAUUUUAAGUGAACAGUGAUAGUGGAAUCUGUUUUGUCAAUUUCUUUUUGAAGUUUUACAAUGGAAUUUCCUCAUCUAGGUAAACAUUGUUCAAAAUCAGAUUGUAAUAAAUUGGAUUUCCUUCCAAUUAAAUGUGACGCUUGUAAUAAAAUUUUCUGUAAUGAACAUUACAGUUAUGGUACCCAUAACUGUGCGAAUAUCCACAAAAAGAAUAAUCAAGUUCCAGUAUGUCCACUUUGUAAUAGACCAAUUCCCGUUAGAAAAGGGGAACAUCCUGAUUAUGUAGUUGGUACUCACAUAGACAAUGAUUGCCAAUCGGAUCCUGCAAAAAAUAGAAGGAAAGUGUUUACAAAUAAAUGUUCGUUUUACAAAUGUAAAACAAAGGAACUUUUACCAGUUAUAUGUGAGGAUUGUUCAAAAAAUUUUUGUAUCAAGCACAGACAUCCUGCAGAUCAUGCUUGUGAGGGCAAAAAAUUGAAAUCAUCACCAUUUAGUACACAAGAUGUAUAUAAUGAAGAUGAGGCACUUGCAAGGGCAUUAGCUCUGUCUAUACAAGAAAAUGUUCCGCUUAGUAAAAGUAAACAAGAAGAAUUAGAUUUAGCACUGGCAAAGCAAUUACAAGCAUCAGAAGGAAGUGGAUCUAGUAGAAAUUCAGACCGUUGUAAUAUAUCUUGAAAUAUAGUGUUGAAUACAUUAAUUUGGAUUCAUUUUCACAUAAGUAUCAAAAUAAAUUUUUAUUUAAACACAAAAUAUUGGAAUUUGCAUGAGACUAAAGAAAGACUAAAACAAUCUGUUAUAUAAUUAUUAUUUGUUUAUUUAUAAUUUUUAAUACUACAUAAUUGAGAUUGUGCCUUAUGUAACAAGGAAUUAUUUAUUUUGCUCAAUUAUCAAGUAUAUGAGGAAAAAAAUGUUAAUAUCACCCUACAAAGUAAUUUGUGACCAAGAAAAAUAUUUUUUGUUGUAAAGUGAUUAUUCAAACAAAAAUUUACAUUGUUAUACACAAUAUUUGUAAUAAGUUGUUAAUUCACUAGCACUCGUAAGCAAAUAAAUAAAACGUCGUUUUAAUAA